CACUUGCUAAACUCAGUCACACACACACACCCACUUCACUAAAACCCCAAUCAUUCUCUCACAAUCAAAAUCCAUUUCUGAUUUACUCUCUCUUCAUUUCUCUCGAACCCAAAAAAAAAAAAAAAAACCAUGUCCCUCACCACUCGUCUCCGCUUCCUCACAUACUCCCACCGCGUCGCCACCCACCUCCACCACUUCUACUCCACCUCAUCCAUCCUCUCCCAAAACUCCUCCACCCCACUCUCCUCCAAGUCCAAGACCCGAUCGGCACUCUCCCUCCUCAAAUCCGAGCAGAACCCACACAAAAUCCUCGAAAUCUGCCACGCCGCUUCUCUCACCCCCGAGUCCCACCUCGACCGCAUCGCUUUCUCCGUCGCCAUUUCCAAGCUCUCCGAAUCCAACCACUUCGACACAAUCCGCCAGUUCCUCGACGACCUCCUAACCUCUCGCCCCGACCUCAAAACGGAGCGUUUCGCUUCUCACGCUAUCGUUCUGUACGGUCAAGCCAAGAUGAUCCCACAAGCCAUUGACACUUUCAAGCGAAUUCACGAUCUGGGUAUUCCUCGAACCGUUAAAUCUCUCAACGCUUUGCUUUUUGCUUGUCUUCUGGCUAAGGAUUACAAGGAGCUGAACCGGGUUUAUAUUGAGUUUCCGAAGUUUUAUGAGAUUCAGCCGAAUUUGGAUACGUUUAAUACGGUGAUUAAAGGGUUUUCGGAAUCGGGUUCGACGAGUUCUGGGUACUCUGUUUUGGCUGAGUUGGAGAGGAAGUCUGUGAAGCCGAAUGCCACUACUUUUGGGAAUUUGCUUGCUGGGUUUUACAAGGAGGGGAAGUUUGAGGAUGUUGGGAAAGUUUUGAAAUUGAUGGAGAACCAUGGAGUGAAUAGGGGUAUUGGUACUUAUAACAUUAGGAUUCAGAGUUUGUGUAAGUUGAAGAAGUCUUCCGAGGCUAAGGCUUUGAUGGAUGGAAUGUUGUCGAGGGGGAUGAAGCCGAAUUCGGAUACUUAUUCCCAUUUGAUUCAUGGGUUUUGUAAGGAAGGGGAUUUGGAGGAAGGUAAGAAGCUCUUGAAGAGUAUGAAGAGUAGGGGUAUUCAACCGAGUAGCGAUUGUUAUUAUUCAUUGGUGUAUUUCCUGUGCCAAGGAAAGGAUUUCGAUGCUGCUUUAUUGAUUGCUAAGGAGAGUAUGGAGAAGGGUUGGAUCCCGAAUUUUGGGACAAUGAAGUCGCUCGUGGAGGGACUUGUGGGAGUUUCGAAGGUUGAUGAGGCUCGAGAGGUUAUUAAGCAAGUCAAGGAGAAAGUCAUAAAGAAUGUCGAAAUGUGGGAUGAAAUUGAAGCUGGCUUGCCUCAGUAAAAAGAAUUGCUUGGUGGUGCAAGCUGAAUGAGAUUAUGGAAAUUUAUUUGAUGAUCACGAAAUGUAUUUAUGGGAAACGGUACUCUCCCUAGUCCAUAGAGUUUCUAUUUUGUUUUCCCUUUCAUUUCGUUUGUUGAAUUAUGAUCCACACCUGUUAUAAUCAGGUGAAGAUGUUGUUUUGUUUGGAUGGUCCUGGUUGAGGAAACUUUGUCUCAUUGGUUAUUCCAUUGUGAGAAAGGUUUAGUUUUAUCUUUUGUAGAAAAUCAAAAUUUUCUUAUGACUAAAAACUCUCUGCCUUUUUGUCUU